UUUUCUUUUUGUCAUUUCAUUAACGUUCCCUAAAAACUUCCCACAAUGGCUGACUCUCUGAGCGAUGAGCAAGUUGCUGAAUUCAAGGAGGCAUUCUCCCUCUUUGACAAGGAUGGCGAUGGCCAGAUCACCACCAAGGAGCUGGGAACUGUCAUGCGAUCGCUCGGUCAAAACCCUAGCGAGUCAGAACUGCAGGAUAUGAUCAACGAGGUGGAUGCCGACAACAACGGCACAAUCGACUUCGCUGAAUUCCUGACCAUGAUGGCCCGUAAGAUGAAGGAUACCGACUCCGAGGAAGAGAUCCGGGAGGCCUUCAAAGUUUUCGACCGUGACAACAACGGCUACAUCUCUGCCGCGGAGCUUCGCCAUGUCAUGACUUCUAUUGGCGAGAAGCUCACCGACGAUGAGGUCGAUGAGAUGAUUCGGGAGGCCGACCAGGAUGGUGAUGGAAAGAUUGAUUACAACGAGUUUGUUCAGCUUAUGAUGCAGAAAUAAAUGACUGAGUUCGUUUGGGUUCCCAUCAAUGUUAGCAAUGGCAACGCUGUCUGUCCUCUCAUCUCCUUUCCGGAGCUUGGCCAUGUUUUCUGAUAGAGAAUGCGAGACGAUGGAUCAUUUUAUUUUCCCUUAUCUGGUACGACUUGCUUCAGGGGCUCGUCUGAGUGAUUUGGUCCUCACGUUUCUUUAUUGCAGCAGCACUUGAAAAAGAGGUCGCGUGAGAUUUUUUGUGGAAUAUGUUUCCCAAUCGUGCCCUAAUUCCCGCGAAGAAUCUUCCAAAAAUACAGGAUGCCAGUCAAAGUCAUUUUACGAGUCGCUCGCGCGACAAACAAUUGUAUUUCGAAUGUGACCAUGUUCUCCCAAGGAAAUGUAUAUACCGAGCCAAAUUAUCAAUUGUCUCAGCC